UUGUAGCCUCUUUGGACUUGCGGAGUCUAUUGGCCAUAUUUGUAAGCAACUCUCCAAACCAGACCAAAAUGCUUUAAGCUCCUCUAUCGCCUGGCUACUUUGGAUUGGAUUGGAUUGUUCGUCAAACAUGACGAACGUUUGGGGAAAACUGCUGCUCAAGUUCUUCAAAUACGCGCCAAGCUGUGUUGUUUGUUUGAGCUUCCUGCCGUGUGGCCUAAUUUUCGGCUAUACGAUCUGCUCACUGGUCGCCGAGCGCAACCUGCAAACGGGCCUCAUCUACUAUGGACCCCUGAUCUUGGGCGCCUGCUGGGCCCUGGUUACGGCCCUCACCAUGCUAACCAUCAAGUAUGUGAAGAAAUGCAUUGUCUACUGGCAGGCGUGGCUGCUGCUGGCCGCAGGCGUUUUAAAUCUGGUGGCUAGCUGCUUCUACUUUGCGGAUGGCUUUGACCAUGUGGGCGCCUACAUCUCGUACUUGGCGCACAGUAUGACCUUCAUAGCCGGCUACAGCUUCUUGCACACCAUCAGCUCGAAGAGCAGCCGCUCCCUCAUGAUGUCCGCCUCUUGCAGUUGCUAUCUGGUGGGCAUUGCCACGGCCGUGAGCCUGAUUGGAUCAGCCUACAGCCGAAACCUAAAGGCGUUUGCAGGACAGACGGCCACCACGGAGCAGCUGAUCGAUGGCAUUUAUGUGAAUUUUGCUGGAACAUAUCUGAGCAUUGCCGCUGCAACGCUGGCCAUACUGGUGGGGAUCAAGGUGCUGCAUUUUGUAGGCACCGUGGAUCUGGUGAACAGCAUGGACAAUGAUUUGAGGAUAGCCAACGGGAAUGGCAGCAUCUUUGAGCCGCGCUCGGAGGUGAUCAAGCGGCUGCAGUUCUUCUAUGUGACCAAGAACCAGCAGUGGAACGUAAUGCUGCUGCUGCUCUUCACCGAGGCCAUACAGUUUGCCCUGUUUGUGUAUUUCAUCUACUGGUUUGCCCUGAAUCCGGCCAUUAGGUUGACCCAGCUGGCCGACAUCGAUGCCAUGUUCUGGGUGAUUUUUGGCGGCAGUUGCCUGACCCUCAUCUGUCUGUUCUUCGUUUCGGUGAAGGUAAACUUUGUGGCCUCCCAAAUGACGCUGGUUUUCUUCACGCUCUUGGCCAUGAUCAUCUGCAGUUCCACAGAUUCGAGAUGGUCCCUCUGGGUGCUGCUCGUCCUGUUUGGGAUGUCCUACUCCAGUCUACAGAUCGCCCUGCUGGAGGUCACCAAUCUGCGGUUUACAGAGUGCAUCAUCUGCAUCUCGUAUAUCCUUAAAUUGAUCUGCACCAGCAUCGUGUACUAUUAUUUUGUGGCCGAUACAAAGAACUCGUACUUCUAUGCCACCGACAAGAGCACUCUGAUGGCCCAGGGAUUUGUUUUUAUGAUCAUCAGCUCCCUGCUGGCCCUAGUUGUGGGCAUGAAGGUGCCACGCACACAUCGCACCAAGCUGAUGGAUAUCCAAUAUGAGGUGUAUGGCAUCAUAUUCAUGAAACACCAAAUCGAACAGUUGAACGUAAAAUGGCUGAACGAUGGCACCAUUCCUACGAUCAGUCAGUGAUCAUCAUUCAUACUAGAGCCCUGCAUGAAUCCAAGGUAUUCAUAAAAUCACAGCUAUACUGAUUUAAUGAUCAUUACGGCCUUUGAUUAUUACGAAUCCUUUCUUCACUCAGAUUCGGAUCACUCCAAUUCAAUAAAAACUUGUUCUCUCUACCAGAAAAUCAAAGGAAGAGUGAGCGAGAGAAAACCCAGAAAUUUUCGGAUCUGACACAGUAAAAAUGACGAUACCUGUUCGUUCAGUCCGUUUUGGGCGGGCGUUUUGAUGGAUUGAGAAAGCUGAGACGACGCUUCUAACUGACCGAACGAAUUCCAUCGAAUCGAUUCGGUUGCCUGUUCAUGCAGGGCUCUAGUUCAUACAUCCAUUUUGUAUACUUAAAUACUCAGUAUUUAAAAAAAAAAGAAUGUAAAAAACUAA